AGAAAGGAAAGAGAAAUGUUAACUAACGGCUACGUGGCCAUGUUCGAAAUACCAACCAGAAGUAUCAACCAGAAGUACUUGUUCUUGCUGGAAAGACGAAAGAUUUGGUGCUUGUUCUCCGUCUACGAGAAAUAUACACAAGAUAUGGAUCGCUUUGUCGGCCGUUACCUGUUUAUUCUGACGAUACUUUGCGGUCUACUGUAUGAGUACAAAGCGGACAGUGAUCGUGAUAGUCCGCACUCGAGACGGAAGCGUUACGUCGUCUUUCCGGAAGGCUCGAGCUUUUCCAUCGCGCUCUGUAUGACAAUGCAUACUCUAACACCAGACAACAUCUUCACAGAGGGCGUAAAUUGGGGUAUCUCUUAUGAUCUACCGAACGAGAGUAAGCCGGCUCUCGAACCGUUUCUUCAGCUCAGAAACGAUAGAUUCAAGAGCGCCAACAAAUACGGAUCGUUCAAGAACAGCUUACAAUCGGUGAAUAAGAAUGCCUUCGAGUAUACUGGAUGGAACGUGCCUGGCAAGUACGUCCAAUUUUCCUCGUCUGGAAAGAAGAGGAAAGGUUACAAGGCCAAUUAUUAUUAUCUCCAGAGAAGACAUCGUCGUGAUCUUUACAAUAAACUCGAGGUCAUCAUGAACUCAAUGGGUUUUGACGGCAGAUCCUGUAUCCUUCGUGCGCUUUGCGAGGCCUCCCAACGACUAAUGCCGAAGGGAAACACUCUUGUGGAAGAAAUGAUGAGGAUAUCGUUCUCGUUACCCCUUAAAAAGAUACUUUCCUUUGAACCAGAAGAACAUCACAUGUAUACCAAUGCCCAUAAAGCCGGUCACGACGGCCAAGACUGCAUCGCCAUGUUCCCCGGAUGCAGUUUCUCUCUCAUCGACAUGGCCCUCGGGAAAUAUAAUGCACCGUCGAGCGACUAUACCGACGUUACUAGCUACCACCCAUUGCAUCCGGUAAUUCCGAUUGGUCCGUCCGGAACUUAUGCCACCGAUGAUGACCACGACCACGACGUUAGCGAGAAUUGGACAAGAUAUAACAUGAAAUAAACUCUAUCUAUCUUGGACAGGACGAGUUCUCAAAAUUAAAUGAGAUUUUCUUUUUUCGUAUAUCUAAGUACAUAGGAGAAACUUCCGAUAAUAUCAAACGCUAUGAUCGUUUGAUUUUGCCUCUGACGUUUUAAUGAAAAGAUCAAGGUUGACGUUAUAAAAAAUAUUUCAAGAAAGAGACGAGAAAUUGAGAAAUUUUAAGACAAAAAAGAAAGAGAGAGAAGAGGGUAAAUCUCUUAGUUCUAGCAGUUAAUCGGUGCCACCGAGAACCCAUCGAUAAAAAACCUCAAAAUGAAAAGCAAUUUUUGGGAACGCUUGAAGGGAAUGGUUAAGUCGGAAUUAAUUUUCUACCCUCCCGGUA